GACAAUUUUCAUGAGCCGACGCCGCGCCAUGUAAUAUAUCAUUCUGGUUCGGUCUCUGUGGCAGAUGGAUCAGAAAAGAACAAAGAGAGGCAGGUAAACUAAACAAACGUGCUUGGAAAGUGACAGCAGACGUGUCUCACUCUCCCAGUCUCCACCUCCCCUUUGCUCUGCAUCUCAGAACUCGCUCCUCUGUCUCCACUUCGCACUCUGCCACUUCCCCCUUUUCCCUCGCCUGCAUAUUUAAGAGUGUCCCCUCCCUCACUCAACCCCAACCAACCGAAGUAGCCAUUGAUAGCCCGGCCCCUUUUCUUCUUUCCCCCGUGUGGCUCACGAGCUCGCCACCACCACUAAAAGCAAGCAUACCCAUCAAUAUUCCAACCAAGGCAAAGAAACCCAUCACAAGAAAAACAAAGACGGAGAGUGGGUUUCAGAUAAAAAGCGCCGAAAAGGGGUGGGAAGAAGGAAAGAAGAGACAUUUAUUAUGGACACAGGUUUCAGCACUGCUACUGCAGGGGCCACUCAGUCUCAUCAUCAUGGUCAUAAUCACAAUCAUAACCAUGGGCAGGUGCUGGACGGUUCGGAUAUAAUGGAGUUGGUUGGGAACGAGAAAGUGUUUAGCAGCUUCGUCGAUCAUAAGUUCUCUGAACUUGAUAGAGACAGAGACGGCCAACUCUCCGUCAAAGAGCUCCACCCUGCUGUUGCUGAUAUCGGCGCUGCACUUGGCUUGCCUGCUCAAGGCUCUUCCCCUGACUCGGAUCUCAUCUACUCCGAGGUUCUAAAUGAGUUCACCCAUGGAAAGCAAGAGAAAGUGAGCAAGACCGAGUUUAAAGAGGUUCUGUCAGAUAUUCUGAUAGGCAUGGCUGCAGGUUUGAAGAGAGACCCUGUGGUGAUACUCCGUAUCGAUGGAGAAGACCUGUUGGAGUUCAUCAAUGGACCAGGUUAUGAACCAGAGAUGAUUUCAAUCUUCUCAGAGUUGGAAUCACCUGAUGCUUGUUCACUCCAUGAUUGCAUAGUCAAAGCCUUCAAGAAACUUACAGUCGAUCAGGGGAUACCUCCCUGCUCAGAUUCUUGGGUGGUAAGUAACAUACUGGAGCCAUCACUGCAAUCAAUUGCUGACCAAGAACAGGACAAACCCGUUGCUUCUCAGGAGGCAUUCUUAUCUGAAUUCAAGAAAGCAGCUGAAUGUGUGGCUCAACGUCUGAAAGAGCAGCCUGUCAUCGUCGCACACACUGAGAACACUUUUGAUGGAAGUGGGAUUAGGAGACUUCUAUCCAACAAGUUUGAACUAGACAAGGCGCUGAACUCAACGCUAGAAAAUGUGCCAAGAGAUAGGACUGGGAAGAUAUCCAAAGAGCAUUUGCGGAUGGCACUUGAUUCAGUUUCUCCAUCAGCUGGUCUACCACCAAUUGGUGCAAUCGAAGAGAUGGAUCAGGUGCUGAACGAGGCGUUUAAGAUGGUGAAUGCCGACGAUGGGAAGCAGCUGAAGGAGGAUGAGUUCAGGAAGGUGGUGGCUGAAAUGCUGGGAAGUAUAAUGUUGCAAUUGGAAGGGAAUCCAAUCUCAGUCUCUUCAAACUCUGUUGUCCAUGAACCCAUCGCCUCUGCCUCCACAGUUUUGCAGCCAUCUUCCUAGUUCUCCAACAGUUUUAACGGUCUCUAGAGUCUGGUAUAGUGAUACUAAUAAUAACCGCUGUUUCUGGUGUUACUCUGGAAUGGAUCAACUGACCAGACAGAGUUCUUCACCACUUGCUGCUGUAAUGUGUUGUUUUGGUUGGUGUACUAAAACACUAAAAGCUUGUGCUACUCAUUCUAUGGAUGAAAUGUUUUCCUGUAAAGAUGGAGCCUUUGGAAGAUGGUUUUGUGUUCUGAUUAUGUAUUUCUUUCCUUGCAUUUCUUGUUUUAUGACAUUUGAUUUGGGU